CACACUUUAGACACAGGUACAUCUUGCUCUUAGGGUCUAUCAAACGAAUACCUUUCGUAAACAAAAAUUUGGUUUUUGAAGUGAUUUUGUUCGGAUUCAUCAAGACAUAAGAUAUGCUUAGAUAAACUAAUCAAUUUAGAGAUUUCUUAUAUGAAGAAACUUUUUCAAAGAACAUGAGUAGAGCGUAUGGAACAUCGAAUGAUCUAUUUGAUUCUGAGUUGAGUGGAUCUGAAGACGAGAGUGAUUCCGAAGGCAGUGAGAGUGGAGAAGAGAGCGAGGAGGGAUCAGACACUGAGGAUUCUGAUGGAAGUGAGGAAGGUGAUGACAACAAUGAAGAAACUGAAAAUGAGUCUCAACCAGUGGUCUCUGGAGAGAGUGAUGAUUCAGAUCAAAACGUAGAGUCCUGCCCCAUCUGCCUCACAAGAUUCUCGGAACAAAGUCUUGGAACUCCAGAUAACUGCAGCCACACUUUCUGCCUGGAGUGCAUUCAAGAAUGGUCAAAGAAUAUUAAUACAUGCCCCAUUGAUCGAACUGAGUUUCAGAAUAUCCUUGUACGCAAGAAGGGGAAAAUUAUAAAAAAAGUGCCCGUAGAGGUUCAACCCAAAGAACCAGAGGACAGUUUACAGCAAGAGGCUACUGUGUGUGAGGUGUGUCACCAUGGCGAUCGUGAGGACCGCCUUCUUCUAUGUGAUGCAUGUGAUCUUGCCUACCACUGUGAAUGCCUGGAUCCUCCCCUCUUUCAUAUCCCCAUUGAUGAGUGGUUCUGUCCACCCUGUGCACGCGUCUUGAGAACCGGUGCAAUGGCUGGCUGCAGCACGCCUAGGUCACGAAGAGUGAUACCAAGAACUAGAGCAAGUGAAACUGUUCGUAAGAGAGUUCAGACCAAUCGAAGAACAUCAUCCACUAGCCGUCCAUCUACAUCCAGGUCUUCUAGUGUAAGUGGGAGACCUAAAAAAUGCAGGAGACGGCGCACCUACCGUCGUGCUAUCAAAAAAGUUGUUCAACUGGCUAGAACAAAGAAAAACCUUAUGGAUGGGUCUAAAGGAAAAACCUGUGUUAAAGGAUCGACAGUCAUUGUAACGUACCGCAGGAGGAGGAGGAGAAGGAGAAGAAAAACUAAAACAAAGACAAAUGUUACAUCAUCAGCCCAGGCUGCUUCUUACCUUAAAUCAGCGCAAGAACGUAUUGCAAAGCGCCUUUCUUUGUGUAAAUCAUCAAAAGGUGGAUCGAUUCCUGACGUUAAGUCCAAAACUGGUCCUUCUUCCUCAGCAAGAAAAUCAUCUUUUUCGCUAUUUGGAAGCAAAGAUGAGUUAUUGGAAUUUUCGGACAGUGAUCCUCCUGCAACUCCAAAGCCUUCUACAUCUCAGUCAUCAGGAUCUGGCAAUAAGACAAGACCCAUAGUGCAAGCCUCUACAUCAUCCAUUAACUUGUUGGAUAACAUUUUAGCAAGUCAAACACUUCUAUAUUCAAAACCUGAUAAAGUUCUCAUUCAAUCAGAUGGAUCCCUGACGGCAAAAAAGAGUGAAAACAAUACUACCAAAAAAAUUUCUAAAGAGAAUUCUCAGACAUCAUCAAAGACAUGUUUAUCAUCAGCUAAAAAUGGUGCUAUUCCUAAACUUAAACUAUCCAGUAGUUCAUCCAAAAUUCCUGCUCAGAAUAGCUCCCCCAACUCUGAGUUCAAAAAACCUUUUGAUGUGUUACCCAAAAACUCAUCCAGUUCCAAGAAAAUCUCCAGAUCUAUCAGACCCAAGCAGCAAAAAAUAACUGAAAAAAUACCUUCCCCACAAUCUGCAGAUAGCCAUUCUCAACACAAAAUGUCUCCAACAAAAAAAGAAUUGUGGAAAAAUACUUUUCAUGAUCCUGACACCAACAAACCUUUUAAAAAUCCUUCUUUUUAUGACUCAAAACCCUGGGCUUCUAAAUCUUCUGAAAAUGUGAUUACCGCUGCAAAACUGAACUCCUCAGAUGAGAACAAUUCCACCACAGAAAAUGAAUGCUCAUCUGAUUAUAUUAGGAGUAAAAGAAUCAUGUUUUACAAUCGUUUUAACUCUUCUGAAUCAUCAAAUGUAUGUUCAUCUGUGUCCAACAAAACUUUAAAAAAUGUCAGUAUUUCAUCUGAAGUUAAUGACGAAAUGACCCCAGUCAUACCAAAAUCAGCACCACUCCAUCUUUCCUUAUCCACUCAAAGUGCCUUAUCUGAUGAUGAUAGUGAUUUGGAACAAUCCCAAAGUUUGAUUAAUUCCCUUUCCAAUCCAUCCAAUUCUGAUGCAUGUAGUUCAGUUUUGACCAAAGGAUAUGGUGUAAGUACUCAAACAACCAAUGAAGAUAGUGAUCAAUUUUAUGAGGAUACUGAUGAAAGCAGUGCAGACUAUGAACCUUCCCAGAGUCUCUUUGAGAAUUUAGAUGACACCAGUUCUAGAAUUACCGCUUCCAGGGAUAAUAAAAAUGUGCCCUUUCGUAAAGAGGAAUCAAUUAAUUCUAUAAAACCAAGAUCUAAUCUUUCACCUAGUAAUGCAACCCCUGCGGCAAGUGAAAACACUUCUUAUGCAUCGAACGAAAUGUUUAAAAAUGUGACGAUAAAAAAAGAACCAAUUAAUGAUUCUAAUUCGAGUAUUCAAAAUAAGAUUCAUUAUUCAUCAUUCAGUGAAUCUCAAGCAACAGAUGUUAAUCAAAUGGUAUUGAAUAUAAAAGAAGAACCAUUAUCCGACGAAGAAACAUGUGAUCACUUAAGUGGCAGAACCUCUUUAUCUUCUAGAUCAUCCUCUGUUGAAGAACUACCAUCAACACAACCUAGAGUCACAAUUCCAAACAGUCAAGGACAUAAAUCAAGGUUGGAAAAUAGUUCACUCUUGAAUGUCUCUGUGAGUAGUUCAUCUAGUUCCCUUGGAAUAAGUGCUCAAGAGCAAGCUGAUUUGCUAAAAAAUAAACUUUCUACCUUAUGUUCAAAGGAAAAGGCUAAUUCAGAAAAACGACCAUCAAAAUCAAAGACUUUAGAUGAUGCACCACAUGGUAAGAAAGUACAGCCUUCAUGUGCUGCUAAAUUGAUAAAAAGUGAAGAUCCAUCAUUAUCAGUUCCUGGGCCAUCUUUUCCCUUUGGUACAUCAAAAAUAAUUGCGAGUGACUCUUCAAAUGAACUUCCUUCUACACAAAGAGCUUCAGUAACUGACUUGCCACUGACGCAGAUAGCUUCAACUUGUGAUUUCUCUGACACCCAAAGGGCAAAUGCUUCUACACAAGGAAAUGAUCUGCCUCUCACACCAAGAACUUCCGCAACUUCGAUUGUAUCAGACAAUUGUCCUUCAAGAGACUUUCAGUCUGUAGGAGAUGAUGAUGUUUUUAUUUUACCAUCUAUCAGUGAAAAUAAACCUAGUUCUUCAACUUUAAGUCCAACUGAAGCUUUCUCUCCUGACCAACUUGUCUCCUUAAUGAGCAAUGCCGAUUUUGUGAAACAGCUGUCACCUGCUCAAAUUUUAACCUUGGUUCAGAAUCUUAAAAAUAACCUUGCCAAUCAUUUUUUGAAACAGAAUAAUCCCAAAAUUAAGACUGAACAACAGGGUGAUACUCACCCAAAAGAACUGCCUUCUGAGUUGCCACCAAGUCGACCCUCAGAACUGAACAAUGUAAGAAUAAUCACUCAAAAUCGUGGCUCUGUAACGCAAUGCACCGUGCUGGAGGAAGGUAAACAUUCAAACAGUGAACAUCCAAAAACAGAUAACAUGGACUCAGGCAUGCUGACUUCUGAUUGUAAAAAGUUUAAAGAUGUUAACAGUUUUUCUGAUGAAAAUGGUAGUGGUAUGGGUGUCACUUCUAACAAUCUGCACGCAAAGCAUUUAAUUGAGAGCAAUACCUUAUUAGACUCAGCUACUUAUAAUAAAAAUUCAGAAAUUAACACCUGCAUUGUUACAACUAACAUAACUUCAUCUAAACCACUUCCAAAGUUGAAGGAGAUCCCUCUCUCUUUGAUCCAAGACAAUGGAUUAAAUGACAAAUUAAGCAUUCCGUCAAUUGAUGUGCCUGAAAAUUGUGUUUCAGAGCAAAUUUAUGAAGUACCUAGUCAAACCUCUGGCCCAUCCAAAACCUGCAACUUCCAAAAAUCAGUUAUAUCUGAAGUUACUUCCACUUCAAAAAUCACUGAGAAGAUGAGCAACGAAAUGGAUCCAUUAAAUCCGUGUCAAAACACUGAAAGUACUUCAAACAUAUUAAUGAAUGAAACUAUUUUAACUUCAAAGCAAAAAGAUGCCAAUGCUUUUAAAAAACCUUUUGAAAGUGGACAUAAAAAAUUUGAAUCUCAUAAUGUAAUUUCUGUUAUCCACCUGGAAUCGGGUAACUUAUCUGCAACUCAACCUGCAGAUUGCAAGCCUUCAAAUACAUUAGAAGUUAAUAAUGAUAGUAGUUCAUUCGAUAGUCAGGACAUAUUCGAUUUUCCAGAAACACAGCCGUUUGUUGUUGAAGAUCUUGAUUUACCUGAAACACAACUUUUCCUUGCAGGCAGAGGUGAUGAUCUACCAGCCACACAACCUGCUAUAACCUCUCACAAGAACUUAUCUACAUCUGAUUCAGAAAAUUAUGAUGGCACAUCUGACUCAAAUAAAUCUAAAAGAAAAGAUAUCUCACUCAGGUCUAUUAAUAAUGAAAAUCAAUCAAACAAUCAAUCAAACAAUCACUGUAACACCUUUUUAAAAAGUAAAGUGUGUAUUGAAGAAAAUAAACUAGAUUCAUUAACAUCUAAUAUAAUUCAGGUACCUGGUGAAGCUAAUAAGGACGAUAAAUUCCCUGCAAAAGAACAUGUAGAAAGUAAUGAAAAAAAUCAAAACAGUUCUGAUUCUCCAGUUUUCGCUUCCUUUGUACCUGUGCAAAAUAACCCAAAACAGAAUCAAAAUUAUCUGGAUGAAAUAAAAGAGCCUCUAUCAAAUUUAGUGAAUGAUAAUCCGUUAGAAAAUAAUGAAAAGGUUGAAAAUUUAACUUCAGAGAACUUCAAAAAGCUCUCUGAACCGAAUUUUAAGAUACUUGCAAUACCACAUUUGAAAUCCAGUCUCGAAGCUGUAAACUCACAAACAAGCAAUACGUUUAUUUCCAGUGCCUGUGAUGGGGAUUUAUAUGAACCAUUGCCGAUGAAAUCGCCUUCAGGUGGUGAGCAAGAAAACACUUUACCCGAAAAGGGGGAAAAAGUGCCAGAAACUUUAAAAAAUAAUAGCAAUUAUUCUGAUUCUAUGAAUGAAGAUUUUAAUGAAUUGCCUUCUACUCAACUUGCUCUUGAUGAUCAGGGAAAGCCUUUAAAUAAGUUCAACUCGUAUCAGAACAAGAGUGGGGAAUCUAAGCGGAAUGAAGAUUAUGAUGAUUUAAAUGCAACUCAACUUGCUCUUGGUGAUCAGGAAAUGCCGUUAAAUAAGUUCAACUUGUUUAAGAGCAAGACUGGGGAAUCUAAUUUGAAUGAAGAUUGUGAUGAUUUAAAUGCAACUCAACUUGCUCUUGAUGAUCAGGGAAUGCCGUUAAAUAAGUUCAACUCGUUUAAGAGCAAGACUGGGGAAUCUAAUUUGAAUAAGGAUUAUGAUGAUUUAAAUGCAACUCAACUUGCUCUUGAUGAACAGGGAAUGCCUUUAAAUAAGUUCAAAUCAUUUAAGAACAAAACUGAGGAAUCUAAGUUGAAUGGAGAUUAUGAUGAUUUAAAUGCAACUCAACCUGCUCUUGAUGAUCCUAAAUUGAAUGAAAAUUCUGAUGAUUUACCCACAACCCAAAUUGCUCUUGAUGAUUGUAGAGUAUCAUCGAGCAAGUUUAACCAGUUGGAAGACGAGACUGUUUCAAACGAAGAUUCAGAAAGUUUACCUGCAACUCAACUUGCUCCUGAUAAUUAUGAGUUGCUUUCAAGUAGAUUAGAUCAAAUAAAAAAUAAAAGUGGUGAACCUGUUAUAAAUGAAGCGUUGGACUGUUUACAUACCCUUGAUGAUAGUGAAGCCUCUGCAAACAGAUCUGAUCAAGUCAAAAAUAAAGUUAGUGGAGAUGACCCUGAAGAAAUCAAAUUUUUUCUAUCAAAAGCAAAAAGCAGUGCUGAAAAGAAAGAAGCUCCUAAAAAUUUAGGUAUACAUAAAAAUUUACCUCAAGUCAUUAUGCCCAGUUAUCAGUCUAGACUAACACCAGUCAACAGAGCAUUAGUGAGAAAAACUUUUUCUUUUGAACAGACUGGAGAUAAAAAGGGUAACAGAAGCCUUUUUCAAACGAAUAAGUUGAAUUGUCUAUCAAGUGGCAGUAACAAUGAUGAAUCUGUAAAUCAGUUGUUGACCUCUUCUACUGUGAAGGAUAAGGUCUGCCUUCAGGAAAGUAUAAACAAUGCAGGCUUAAAUGAUAAAGAAAUUCCAAAAGAUAUUGAUAACAGUUUUUUUAAAUUACAUAGCAAACUACAGGAAAACGAUAAAGGUCUAAGUAAAGCAGAUUCUACUCUACAUGAAAAGUUCAAUAAAAGAAAGUCCAUGCAGGAUUCAACUGAUUCAUUGAACAAAAUAGGUGCUGGUAAGAAUGUUUCCCGUGAAAAUAUAAAGCAGCAUAAGUUUAGGUGCGAAUCAACUGAAAAGUUAAAACACCAAAAAUCUAGGCGGGAAUCAGCUGAUUCAUUAAAAAAAAUUAGUUGUGUUGACAUUCCCAACAGUGAAGGAAAACACUCGGAAAGCCUCUCCUCUGAAAAUACGAACAAGUUGAAGCACUUAAACGAGAAAGAGUUAAAAGAUAAACGUGAAAGGAAAAAAUAUAGUUAUGAGAAUGUUCCACUCAUUAAAAAUCAUGAAAUAGCCGUGCAAUCAGAUUCAAGUGAUUUUGAUCAUUCAGAUCCUCAUCACAUAAAGUUACAAAAGAAAAAGCAAAAAGCUGAUAAGCAAAAGUAUCAUAAGCACCUUAAAGAAGAGGUAGAAAGCCAAAGUAGGAUUGAUGAUGGAAGUAAAAUGCAUAUGCACGAGAAGAUAUCUAAUAAAGAGGAAUUGACAAAAACCUCAGCAAAGCGGUUAUCUGAUGCUUCUAAGAAAUAUGAUUCCCAUGAUAAGACCAUGCCACCUAAAAAAAAUACACACGAAAAGGAUAAAUUAAUAUCAAAUGAUCAAUUUUUUUCGAAACAGACAUCAAGCUACUUGAAAGAUAAUUACUGUGACGAAUUCCCAGAGAAAAGGCUAUCAACAAGAGAAAAAAUUCAUGGUAAGGAUAAAUUGAAAGAUAAAAAGAUUGAAAAGCAUUCCAAAAUUGCUGCUAGUUACUCUAGAGAAAACUCGCCUUCAGACGAGUCUCAUGACACCAGCAAAAAUCAGUCAUCAAAAGAAACUAUGCACACAAAAAAUAAAGAGCUGUUAAAUAGUAGUAGAGAAAGUUCUACUGACGAUUGCCGUGAUAAAACUACCGGUAUAAGUAAAUCGUUGAAAGAAAAAGUGCGCAUAGAAAAUAAGAAAAGUUCUUUUGAUGAUUGUCAUGAAAAAACCCCAGAUAGAAGUCAAUCAUCAAAAGAAAAGAUGCCCAAAAAAGAUAAAUUAGAAUUGUUCAAUGAUAGAGAAAGCUCGCUUGUAGAAGAUAGUCACAGUCAUAAACAUAAAGAAAAUAUGCAUAAAGCUAAAUUGAGAGAAGAUUGCAGCGAGUCAACAAAAAGCCGAAAGGAGCAUCGUUGCUAUAAACAUAAUCAAUUUGAAAAUAAAGAGAAAACUUUGAAAAAUAUUAAUACUAGUCCAUUAAAAAAGAGUGAGAAACAUUUUCAUACUGUGCAGAGCAAAACAACAAGUAAAGAAGAAAGCAAAAAAAUUACUGGACAUAAUUUUCAAAGUUCAAAAGAUGAUACUUCAGAUUCGGAAUACUCGGGCAUCAGAAGUAAGAAAGAAAGCAAAAUAAAUAAAUAUGUUACACAAAAAACUGAGAGUUCUGGAAAUGAUUCUUCUGACUCUGAAUGCUCUGAAAUCAAAAGAAAAAGAGAAGAUAAAAGAUAUAGAUCUGAGAGAUCCAAGAAUGAUUCCUCAGAUUCUGAAUAUUCAAAGCAGAGAAGUAAGGAGGAAAGCAAACUCUAUAAAAGUGUAAAGGUUAAAUCUCAAAGAUCCAAGGACUAUUCUUCUGAAUCUGAAUGUUCAGAAGUCGGAGAAAACAAAAGAAAUAAAAAUACUGAGUGCAGAUAUCAGAAGUCCAAGGAUAAUUCAUCUGAUUCUGAACAUUCAAAUAUCAGAAGUGAAGGAAAAAGCAAAAGGAAUAUGAUUUCUGAACACAAAUCUCAGAAGUUCAGAGAUGAUUCAUCUGACUCUGAAUAUUUAAAAGUUAAGAAUAAGGGAGAAGGCAAACUAAAUAAAAAUUCUGAUCGCAGAUUUCAAAAGUCUGGGGAUGACGUAUCUCAUUCUGAAAACUCAAAUUGCAGAAGUGAAGCAGAAGAUAAAAUAAAUAAGAGUUCUAAACACAAAUCUCAGAGAUCUAAGGAUGAUUCUUUUGGCUCUGAAUAUUUGAAGAUCAAAAGUAAAAGAGAAGGAAAACAGAUUAAAAGUGUUGAAUGCAAGUCUCAGUGGUUCAAGGAAAAUUUGUCUGGCACUAAUUAUUCGAAUAUUAAGGCAAAGCAAAAGAGUAAACAUGAUGGCGAAGAUGAAAGGUACUACAAAAGUCAUAAAGAUGAAUUGAAUGGGAAGGAUAAAAAGGAACACAAAAUGCACAGCUCAGAUGAUUUGAAUGCAAAGGAGUCUAGACGCAACUCAGGAAAAAAAAGAAAGACAUUUGAAGGGGAUGAAAAAGAAAUUAGUGACAAGUAUAUUAAACAUCAUCAAGAAGCCAGUAACAAAGGGAAAGUAAUAAAAGAGGAAUUCUGUAAUGACUCAAAUUCAUAUUCUGAUAUAGAGAAACUAAUUAAAAAAGAAAUAGAUGAAUCUGCCUCAAAUGCACCAUCAGUGGAAGAGAUGAUUCCUCUUAGCUGUAUUAAACAAGAACCUUUAGAUUUUGACUGUGACCUAAGCAUUGAUUCUCCUUAUUCUACUUCUAAGGUUCUUCAUAACGAGUCAUCAAAAGAUUCCAGUCUGUUUCAGAAAUUUACAAAGACUUCCACCGAGCAUGAUUCAGAAUGUUUUUACAAGGGAGAAAUGGUCAAAGUUCCAUCGUCUAAAAGAAAACGUAAUGAUAGUAAAGAUGGAGACUUGUUGAGAAAGAAACACAAGGAAAUGGAUGCCACCCACAAAGAUAAAAUGUUGCUACAAAAAUUUCCAAAGAAAGAGAAGUCCACCAGUUCUUCUAACAAAAAGAUUAAAUCGAAAAAGAAUGUUUUGGAUGUGCUCAGCCAAGCUGCUGAAGAUAUUAUAAAGAAUUCUUCUUCCGUGAGUAUAAAUGGAAGAUUUGAGUUUGAAAUGGUAAAGAACAACUCCCUCUCUCCUCACCCCAAAGAGAUAAAGGAGGAAAAAGCUGACAAGAAACAGGCAUUUAUGGAAGAUAUUGCAGCUGAGGUUAAAAUGGUGCUGAAGCCAUUCUACAGUUCAGGCGUCAUAAACAAAGAUGAUUACAAGGAUAUCAUGAGGAGAGCUGUGCCUAAAAUAUUUUCAAACUGUAAUUAUGUUUUAAACCAUGAGAAGAUCAGGAAACUGGUUGUUAGUUAUGUUUCAAUGCCAAAAUAUUCCUGAGAAGACAUCACAAAUGUUUGCCUCACGCCAGGUACCUGAACUUUCUAGACGUCUUUCAUCUUGUACAAAUUCACUGUUUUAUAAAUUGUAUAUUUGUACAUUCUAUGAAAUCUAUUUUGUUUUUUUUAUAUAAAAAGAAAUUUAUCACAGA